AUGUUAAUGGUAAACGAUAAUAAUGGUAAGAAACAAAUCGUGGCGGUCACAAAGAAAAAUGAGCUAGGAGAGUCACAUUUACAAUUGCUCAAUUCAGAUUUCUCCGUGAUAUUUUCUUUAAAAAUAUCAAACCCGGUGCACCUCAUCCAACUAGAGAAUGUUAGCGACGAAACUUUAAUAUUGUCUAAAAUAUGUAACGGUGACGGGUUAAUAUCCGAACUGAGAGUUCAGUGCGUCUACGAAACCGAACCAGAACUGAGACUAACUAGACUUCUGAGAAAGCAGAGGUUCGAUGAGGCGGAAAAGUUUGCAGAAAAGCACCAUCUCGGUUCGAUGUUAAUACUAAAGGCUAGAGCGCAAGUAAUCAUUGAUAAAACAGUUUGCACUUCCGAUGAUGUUAAUAGAUUGAUUGAAAUAUUGGAGUCGAUAGAUGACGAUCAUUUCAAAUUGCAGUGCUGUUCUAAUGUCGAAUGCAACAGUUACGAGGACUUGAGGAAAAUUUUGAAUUACGGUUCUAUGAUAGUACCAAAAACUCACCAUGAGAAUAAAGAACAGAUAUCGAUUAUGCUAAGAGUGGUGAUGGAUACGCUUUUUAAGUUCGAUACUUACAUGGCAGUGUACUCUCACUACGACCUGCAGACUUGGUCGAGAUUUUUAACGUGCGAUUUGAUAGAUGAACUCAAAAUGUAUUUGAAGAAUUUCCAAAUUGAAGAAGCCACCAUCAUAUACAGCCGGUUAGAUUUCCAAACCGUAGACAAACUAACCGAAGAAAAAAUCGAGGAGAUACUGUUAAUCCUUAACAACGUACCUAUAAAUAUUUGUCAGCCGUUCUUACUCACGUUUAUACCGAUCACGAUGGUCAAUAACCCUUCGACUCUGCCCAUUUUCGUGAAAUGGUUACGAAACAGAAUCUUGCAGUUGGAGAAGAGAGACAGUUUUAAUUUUCCGGAGAACGGGUUAAAGUUCGCAGAGUAUAUCUUGAAACUGUUGAAAGUCGAAGAGGGCAGCUACAUUUUCUUCCAGCGACAGUGCAUGUUACACAAAGAGGUUCUCAACGGUCUGGUGGCUCUAACGGAGGCUUUGAGGGGUUUGCAAUUGCUUAAGAAUAACUUUAGGAUUAAUAUUUCUCUGUCGGAGUAUAUGAUGGGUCCCAAGGCGGUCAUAAGGAAUCUAUUGAAUAUCGUGAUGCCGCCGGAAGAUUACGACUUGUUUUUAAAGGAGUUCCUGUAUAAGUUUAUGAUACAGAACGGGUUCGAGCCAGACGAGAUAUUCCUAGAGGAGAUUAAGAACUUGAUAAAGUACGACGAAGAGUACUGGGUUAAUAUCGUCGAGGCGAUCUUGAAAUACAUCAGUUCGGUUAAAAUCAAACUGGAGGCUGUGAUCGAGAUCUUAGAAAACGCUCAGGUCCCGUGGUGCGAUACCGUGAGGGCAAUCGGUCAGUGUGCCCUGCAGUAUUCGCACCCCCUGGUUUCGAAUAUAAAAGAUAUACUCGAGAACGAGCCGAGACUGGUCGUGUUGAGGAAUCCGAAGUAUAAAAUAAAAGAAAAGCAAAUUACCACGAUUUACGAGUUGGAAUAUGUUGUAAGGCGCAUUAUCUACAUUAAUGAACCGUCAAUUGUGGACGACGUUUACCAGUUAUGUAAAACUGAGGCCGAAAAGCGAGGAGUUGACAUCAUUUUGGUGCAGCAUUUUAUAAAAAACAAAAAUGAGGAACAAGCUAUGUCUGUCUUAGACAACAUCGGAAACAAACAAGAAAUUUACCUGUGCGCUAAAUGGGUUUCCUCAUUCGCAGAAAUUAUUAUAAAUAAUGAGAUCAAUUCGAAUAAAUACGCCCCGAUAUACUACAAAGCCCUUGGCCCGUUGUUUAGAAGACUGAUGGAAAAUAACGUUAAUAAAACCGACAGCCACAUUAUAGACGAGGACUUGAAAAUUUUGAGGGGCGUUUUUAAAUUGAACAAACUGUUUGGACGCAACGUUACGACAUACGAUCUAAGAUCCUUUUCUAAAAAGAACAGUAUCUUUGAUGAAAUAAUCGAAGAAGUAUCCGAGGACUUUAAUAAAGGCUCGUUGAAUAUGGAAUAUAUAUUCAACGUGUGUGAUAACCUAGCAGUGUUCUUGUCCCUCGACAAAGACAGCGUGUUGAUUAAGUUUUGUGAGAAAGUUGCAAAAUACGACGCAAUCGUGAAGGUAGCCGAACGUCUGUAUGACGGCGAGUCAGAUUCGCGAAGUCUUUGCCUCGUCGCAGUACUUCUCCUGAAAUAUACGGCCUCCUGCGACACCCAUAUGUCGUGUGACAGUUUCAGCGAUAACUCCGACGGGUGCUUGCUUCCUUGCGAUUCGGGUCCGGGCAUCUCGUCGAGCUCGGAAAACGCCAGUAACAGCUUCGUAGUCGGUUCGAGGUUAUGCGAGAAGAUCGUGGUUAAAGCUUUAAUUAACGCCAAGGAGUACGAGUUGCACGAUGUCAUGGAGGUGGUGAACUGGAUAUACAGCUGCUUUUACUUGACGAGGUCCCAGGAUCCUCUUCAAACGGAACUUUUCAAGCAUAUUUACCAUUCCGAACACAUUUUACCUGCUUCUUCUACUUUCGCUGCAAUUAGGAAUGUGUUUGAGCUAUUCUGCAAUUUUAUCGGAAGCGAUAGAAAUCCUUGCACAACAUACAGAUAUUUGACCAAUUUCGUAACAGAUGCAACACUACUAUCUGAGGAACAACUGUUGCAGGAAAUUUCAAUGUUACCUGCAACGAUAGACAGUCUUUGCAGGGAAGGGCAGCACUUAACAGCCUACAAAUUACUGGUAACUUUAGAGAACGGGCUAAAACGGGCGAGGAAUAUCAACCCGUCCAUUCUCAAAUUACUCAGUUCGAUUAUAAAUAAGAAGUGUAUUCCUCAACUUCUACACGUGGUGGUUUCCUCCAAGUACAUCGAUCUCGUACUGUUUGAAAACUUACUCCUGGCAAGCCAGAAGGAUUAUUAUAGGUACAUCGAGCACUAUCUGAAGUUGUACAAGAGGCAGUCCAGAAAACUGCACGACAUAGCCACGGUGGGUAUAAAACUCCUGGAUUUCUACAACGUGUCUGCGGGUAAAGACGUUCUCUUAAAGGCCAUCAUUACUUGCAAAUGGUGGAACAAACUGAAAUCUGUGAUAACUGGUAUACCGUAUGACGUAUUCUUCAAAGAAAACUCUGACACGCGUUUGAAACUGCUCUUCACUUUGGAUUUGCUUGACAUCGUUACGAUAAGGGAGUACUGCGAUGACUAUAAGCUAGACGUUCAGGUGUAUUAUAUGGAAUACUUAAAAAGCAUUCUGGUCAACUGGAAGCCCGAUUACGAAUACAAAGCCAGCACAAACGGCAGGGGAACGUUGCUUAUAAAAAACGAUGAAAACAUCUUACUUUCGAAAUGCACGCAAGUUAUCGAUAUCAUCAAAGAUAAAGAUGCAGUAUAUUCCCUGUUGGAUAAAAUAUGGGACAUAGCAAACUUCUACCAUUACGAGGUUUUCAUCUGCAUUUUAAAGAUAAUAGGUAACACUGGGAAAAGAGAAAAAACGAAGAACCUGGAUCUGCCGCUGUUGCUCUUCCUAAAAAAUUACCACCGUUUCAGCCCGCCCGGUCAGAACGAGAAGGAACAGUGGUACAGUAAGUUCACCGAGAGCCAAACGUUGGACGCCCUGUCCGAGUUUAGGCUGCCGUUCAUCCAAACGUUGUUCACCUUGGACAUUUGGAACAUAAUUCGUCCUGAAAUUAACUUAAAGUCGUAUAGGUAUUGGUUCGAUGCCGCUAAUAUUUUACGGAAGAAUUUGAAGAAGGACGACAUAUGCAUCUACGCCGUCAAAGAAGUGGUUACAAGUGGGAUUUUGGGGAAGGAGGAAUCGGGUAGUUGGACGCUGUAUCCAAAAUUCGAGGAUCUGUUUGCUGAGGUUGACGCAUGUGUCCAAAAUAUUUCCAAUUUGGAACGGGCUACCUCUGUGGUUUAUCAUUUAAUGUAUCACACUCCAAACGGUGCCGACAAGGUGAACGCGGCAGAGCUGAGCUACAAAUACGCUAAAAAGUACAAGGAAAAAAAUCCCAAUUGUUCCGAUAUAGAGGCCGCGUGUAUCAAGGUUAAAACGAAAUAUUACAGUUCCUCGGCAAUGCACAUCUUACACACAUUUCAACUAGCCGAGGACAAAUACUUACAGCUCGUUGCGCAACCCGACGACUUGGUCCACGCUCUCUACCGAGACGAGAGGAUAGUUGAACAAGCCGAGUGUAUUAAUUUCAGUUGUCCAGAUAUUAACAAGGCCGUCGAUGCUCUGGGUGUAUUAUACGAUUUAAAAAUUCAGCAGAUUAGGUACAAUCUACUGAACCAUUGGUUGUGCAGCUCCAGCAACGAAGUGGACUUCGAUUCUACCUUGGCUAUAACGAGUAUCGCGAAAUUGGACACGAAUACUGACGAUAAUCUGAAAAGGGCUACCUACAUUUGUCUGAGCGGCGACAAGUCGUUCUGGCAAACCUAUCUUUUGAAAGCCGGCGUAAACGAGGACGACGUCGCCGAUUCCGAACAGAGAAAUCUGUCGUUCAAAGCCAAAGCGCUGAAAUGUUUUUGCGCCAUUUCGGAUGUCGACACCAUAAUCCGAAUGACGGACGGCGAUUACAACGAGUUUCUGAACUAUAUCGAUAAGUUGUCCCUUCUGAGCGAACUGGAAUGUUUGGGAAUAGCCCUGAAUAUCAGUACUUUGGAUAAGUACAACAAAAAGGAGCUUCUCAAGCGCUUGUCACAAGUCGGGAAACCCAUAGCCGUGAAGGCUAUGGCGUCUGUGUGUACGACGUACUGCAUUAAAGAUAUACGGUACUGGGAGUUCAUAAUAGGCAGUGCCAUUAAACUGGGCAUGUACACCGAACUGAGGACUUAUGUGGACUUCCUAAAAAUCCAUUGUUACAAGAGCUUUUAUAUAAACGCUUGGCAAGUUAUUAUCAAUAAUGCUUUCCACAUACCGAAUACCCUGUCGAAGGAGGAGCUGCAUGAAGUUUAUAUAAAAAACUUUUUGAUGAUACAGUCUUGUCCGGUGCUGUACUCUCUGAAUUUUGAAAAUGUAGUCCAGAGGUGUAUUAUAGACAAAAAGUUCGAGUUUGCGGCCAUAUUGUUGCAAUAUUUAUCCGACGAAAAGAAGGAUGUUUAUGUUAAGAAAAUUUCACCAAAUAGAACCCUGUUUCUGGAUUUGGAUAACUUAUCAAAAAAUGGAAUAUGGGGAACUAGAAAUAUCAAGUCUUGGCUCGCUACAAAAAAUUUAUUUUAAUUUAAG